UUUACUGCAACAAUGUAUUGCAUGCUGGCACCGUAGGCGGUUUUAGAGCAGUAGACCUACCGCUAAAUAGCGUUCAAUUUGUAUGCAACACACUCAAGCCGACGCUGGAGUUCUUCUUUGGCAUUAAAACGAUCUUGGCAAUUGGGUUUGUUAUUCCAACUCCAUCUAACUCUCUCAACUUGGUGCAGUGUGGCCAUAUAAUCCUGUUUCUAUAUGCCAGCGCAGGUCCCCUGUGUGUGUUUAGUGCCAGAGAUCCACCAUGAGGCUCAAGGCAGCCCUUCCUAAGUUGGAGCUAUACCUCUACGCAGCGGUGCUCUACCUGUCUCUGCUAUGGGCUGGUACCUGGAUCUGGGACGCAUCCGCUGACAAUGUGAACAGAAAAGUGUUCAAGAAGAGUGUGAAACCAGGAUGGCACUACUUUGGAAGGAAAAUGGACGUUGCUGAUUUUGAAUGGGUGAUGUGGUUCACAACAUUCCGCAAUCACAUCCUAUUCGCCCUCGCCGGUCAUGUGAUCUUUGCCAAAGUCUGCUCCCUGAUAUCGCCCAGGAUUGGUAUGGAUGAUUGGUAUUGCAAGCACAGGUCGUUGAUCUAUGGAUUGUACGGUGGCUUGGCGGUGCUGGUCAGUAUGGGCGGGGGCUUCCUGGCUCUGGUCCUUUCACACUGCUUCAUCCUCUACAGCGUGGCUCUGGUCAAGAGGAAGUGGAUCGUCUUUGUCGCCGGUCUCGCCAGCCUGGCCACCUUCAAGAUGGAACCUUUUAAUACUUGGCAGCAAGGUUUUGUGACGGGAUACUUCGAGCUGCAAGACAUCUUGUUCUACGGAGGAUCCUGUUUCACCAUAAUGCGCUGUAUGAGCUUUGCUCUGGAGAACUGUGAGAAGAAGGAUGGCAACUACACCUUCACUGACCUGCUCAAAUACAACUUCUACCUUCCAUUCUUCUACUUUGGACCCAUCCAGACGUUCGAUCAGUUCCAUGUUCAGGCCAACAACCCUAACCUGACCCGUAAGCAGAGAGAGAUGUGGAACAUUACCACCGGGGCUUUGUUGCACCUAGGAGCCAUUUUUGUGGUGGACGUGUUCUUCCACUACCUGUACAUCCUGACCAUCCCCAACGACAUGAAGCUGGUCAAGCAGCUGUCCGACUGGUCCUUGGGUCAGUUCAGCUAACUUUAAGGUUCAACAUUUAUCAGUGUGGGCCAGGAGUUUUUCCUGAUCAGGAACACAUAAUCAUGAAAGAAAGGUUAUAGCCCUUCUUCUCAAGCAUUGAAAUGCACUAAGGCCGGGAUUCAAUCCCAUCACACUUUGUCGACAAUGCACCUUUUAAAGGCAAUGUUUCCCGUGUUUGCAGAGACCGCAUUCACGGUAAACACUGCAUAUGUUUUCUUCACGGUAAACACUGCAUAUGUUUUCUUAAAUGUAAACACUGCAUAAGUUUUCUUCACGGUAAACACUGCAUAUGUUUUCUUCAAGGUAAACACUGCAUAUGUUUUCUUCACGGUAAACACUGCAUAUGUUUUCUUCACGGUAAACACUGCAUAUGUUUUCUUCACGGUAAACACUGCAUAUGUUUUCUUCACGGUAAACACUGCAUAUGUUUUCUUCACGGUAAACACUGCAUAUGUUUUCUUCAUGGUAAACACUGCAUAUGUUUUCUUCAUGGUAAACACUGCAUAUGUUUUCUUCAAGGUAAACACUGCAUAUGUUUUCUUCACGGUAAACACUGCAUAUGUUUUCUUCAUGGUAAACACUGCAUAUGUUUUCUUCAAGGUAAACACUGCAUAUGUUUUCUUCAUGGUAAACACUGCAUAUGUUUUCUUCACGGUAAACACUGCAUAUGUUUUCUUCAUGGUAAACACUGCAUAUGUUUUCUUCAAGGUAAACACUGCAUAUGUUUUCUUCAAGGUAAACACUGCAUAUGUUUUCUUCAAGGUAAACACUGCAUAUGUUUUCUUCAAUGUAAACACUGCAGAUGUUUUCUUCACGGUAAACACUGCAUAUGUUUUCUUCAAUGUAAACACUGCAUAUGUUUUUUUCAAUGUAAACACUGCAUAUGUUUUCUUCACGGUAAACACUGCAUAUGUUUUCUUCAAUGUAAACACUGCAUAUGUUUUCUUCACGGUAAACACUGCAUAUGUUUUCUUCACGGUAAACACU